AUGUACUUGUCCAUCGGUUCGGCGAAUUGGAAUCGCCGUAGUCUGACUUUAGACUUAGAACUCAAAGCUGAAGUGGUGGACGGCGACACGGUAAUGUCUCGAAAAGGGGUAAUUGUGGGCAAGUAUCAAUGUCCCUUCCGUAUUCGAAAGUUUCAGGAGACGACGGGUUUGAGUUACAAGAAGCUGAAUACCAUGACGUUCAUUGAGACUGCAGACCAGCUACGUCUUGCGGUGACUAUUGAAUUGUCGAUGUUGGCCAGAAAUACUUUUCAGUGCAAGAAUCAUUUCUUUGUUAUCACACGAGGCAAUUCGAAAGAUUAUCUGACAACCUGGUAA